AUGGCAAAUUACUGGGCUAAAAGGCGUAAAGUUAGCAAACUUGUGAGAGAAACGGUGGAGGAUAUCCUUAUUGAUUAUGAUGUAGCUGCUGCUAAUUCUAAUUUAACCGUCAAUUCCAAUGCAAAUCUUCACUGUUUGAGGAGCACGAAUCCUGUGACUGUCCCAACCUCUUCCGCGUGCCUGCUAGAUGUACCAACUACAUCAGAUUUGCCACAAAACAGACCGAAAAUUAAUGAUCAGAGUGAAAACAUCAACUCCAAAACCUCAAAGGUCUCACCAAAUGUUCAGUUCGAAAGCAAAGCUGAGGAUGACAAUUUGAAUAUGAAAAUGACAUUGGCUCAGACAGUGAGGAGAAUAGUGAAGAAUUACUCAUGA